AUGGCGACCGCCACUCGAAACAGAAAAGCUAAGCAACUGAAACAUCUGCACGCUAAGCGUGCUUAUAUUGUCGGAUCAAUUGACCUGAUUCGUGAUUUUGAUGAAAAUUUCGAUCCAUCUAAAUCGGCCGAAAUUCCCUUCCGUCUCGAGCGACUAGAUAAGUUGAUGGAGGAGCUCGAAUACGUUGAAACUGAGUUAGACUCUCUUCGCUGCGGUGACCCCAUUUCUUCGGACACGCGGGCGGAAUUUCAGACUUUACAUUUUCGCUUAAAGGGUUCUUUAUCGAGCAAACGAUGCGCGCCGCCUGAAAUGUUACUCCCUACUGUUGUAAAUGAUGCGUCGAACUUGUCAUCUGGUGUGCGUCUCCCAGAAUUGAAACUUCCGGAAUUCAAUGGGAACCCGGAAGAUCGGGCUGGAUUCCAUGAUUUAUUUAAAGCUAUGAUACACGAUAACACUUCGCUGUCGAAUAUUCAAAAACUGCAUUACCUUCGAGCUUGUUUAAAAGGGGAUGCAGCCCGCAUUGUUUGUUCACUUCCAAUUGCUUCAACUAGCUACACUGUCGCUUGGAAGAUGAUAAUCGAUCGAUUCGAGGAUAAAAACUUGCUGAGGAUAAAAAUCUGCUUUAUUCUCAAUCACACCCAUCCGGAAGGAAUCAGCUAG